UUAAUUGAGUGAUUCGAUUACCUGUGUUUGUUCGUUUUGACGUAUCUCGAAAUGCCUAACGCCAUUGGGAUCGAUCUUGGUACAACAUAUUCGUGUGUUGGUGUUUUCCAGCAUGGCAAAGUGGAGAUAAUUGCCAAUGAUCAGGAUGCUGAGCGUUUAAUUGGUGAUGGAGCGAAGAACCAAGUGGCUAUUAAUCCAACAAAUACAGUGUUUGAUGCGAAGCGGCUAAUCGGUCGUCGUUUCGAUGAUCCAUCAGUUCAGAGUGAUAUGAAGCAUUGGCCAUUUGAGGUGGUUCAAGUCGGUGGUAAGCUGAAGAUUCGUGUUGAGUAUAAGGGUGAGAAAAAGUUGUUCUCCGCGGAGGAGAUUUCGUCGAUGGUGUUGACGAAAAUGAAGGAGGUUGCUGAAAGUUAUUUGGGCAGGACAGUAAGUGACGCGGUUAUAACAGUUCCUGCUUACUUCAAUGACAGUCAACGUCAAGCAACGAAAGAUGCAGGUGCUAUAGCUGGUCUUAAUGUGUUGAGAAUCAUUAAUGAGCCGACAGCUGCGGCAAUUGCCUAUGGUUUAGACAAGAAGGUUGGUGGUGAGCGUAAUGUGUUGAUAUUUGAUUUGGGUGGUGGUACAUUUGAUGUGUCCAUCUUGACAAUUGAGGAUGGUAUAUUCGAGGUGAAGUCUACUGCUGGUGAUACACACUUGGGAGGUGAAGAUUUUGACAAUCGUCUGGUGGAUCACUUUGUGAAAGAGUUCCAGAAGAAAUUUAGUAAAGACAUUCGUGACAAUAAGCGUGCAUUGCGUCGCCUGAGAACAGCAUGUGAACGUGCGAAACGUACAUUGAGUUCGAGCACCCAAACGAAUCUGGAGAUUGACUCGUUGUGUGAUGGUAUUGAUUUUUACACGUCGAUUACUCGUGCACGAUUUGAGGAGUUGAAUGCCGAUCUAUUCCGUGGUACAUUGGGUCCUGUUGAGAAGGCUUUGCGAGAUGCUAAGAUGGAUAAGGCCCAGAUUCACGAAAUAGUGUUGGUUGGUGGUUCCACUCGUAUCCCUAAGGUGCAGAAGCUGUUGCAGGACUUCUUCAACGGGAAGGAGUUGAAUAAAUCUAUUAAUCCGGAUGAAGCUGUGGCUUAUGGUGCAGCUGUGCAGGCAGCUAUUCUAAGUGGUGACAAGUGUGAGGCUGUGCAGGACUUGCUGUUGCUUGACGUGGCUCCAUUGUCACUGGGUCUUGAAACGGCUGGUGGUGUAAUGACGGCUCUGAUUAAGCGUAAUACGACAAUUCCGACGAAGCAGACUCAAACGUUCACGACGUACUCGGACAACCAGCCUGGUGUGCUUAUCCAGGUGUUUGAGGGUGAGCGUGCUCUGACGAAGGACAACAAUCUGCUUGGCAAGUUCGAACUCUCAGGUAUCCCACCUGCUCCUCGUGGUACUCCCCAGAUUGAGGUGACGUUUGAUAUAGACGCGAACGGUAUUCUGAACGUAUCUGCUGUUGACAAGGGUACAGGGAAGCAGAACAAGAUAACGAUUACAAAUGACAAGGGUCGUUUGACGAAGGAGGAGAUUGAACGAAUGGUAGCCGAUGCGGACAAGUACAAGGCUGAGGAUGAGAAGCAGAGAGAUCGUGUUUCUGCGAAGAACUCGCUUGAGAGUUAUGUGUACACAAUGAAACAGCAAGUGGAGGGUGAGCUUAAAGAAAAGAUAUCUGAAAGUGAUCGUCAAGUGAUAUUAAGUAAGUGUGAGGAUACAAUUGGUUGGUUGGACGUUAAUCAAUUGGCGGAGAAGCAUGAGUAUGAAAGUAAGCGGGAGGAGUUGGAGAAGGUCUGUGCGCCGAUAAUUACGAAGGUGUACCAGGCUGGUGGUAUGCCAGGAGGCAUGCAUGAAACAGGUGGUGCUGGUGGUGGAAGUGGUAAGGGACCAACGAUUGAGGAGGUCGACUAACCUGUAAUUGUUGUGAUUAAUUAUUUGGUACUUGAAUGAAUUUAGAUUUUAUCUGUAAUG